AUGGAGAAAGGGAGGAUCUUGUUGUUGCUGUUGGUGGUGAUUGUGUUUGGGAAUCUAACGUUCACUGCCGUCGUCGUCUCCUCAUCCUCCGUUAGGGUUCCGGUUUGUGCUACGAGGUCGAUUAAAGAUUACACCUUUGGGUUUCGAGAUCAGACUUGUCCCGCUUCUGGUGAAUUAGACGAACGUCCUCAUUUCGUUGCCGUCACCGAGGGUGAUGAGCGAUGGUUGCAAAUAGCAUUGGAUAUGAUUCAUAAGAACAAGUGUGACUAUGUGGCUUUGCUCUUCUAUGCAACAUGGUGUCCAUUUUCAAGGUCGUUUAGACCGAGUUUCGAUGUCAUUUCUUCUCUAUACUCCUCAAUCCCUCACUUUGCAAUCAAGGAAUCAUCUGUUAAGCCAAGCACUCUCUCUAAGUAUGGAGUUCAUGGGUUCCCUACUCUCUUGCUUUUGAAUUCAACUAUGCGGGCACGUUACCGAGGGAACAGAAUGCUUGAUUCUCUUGUUGCCUUCUACAGUGAUGUUACCGGUAUUGAAACGCUGGAUAAGACUUCUAUAGAGAAAAGCGUAUCAGUUCCUCAUCUCGGGGACGAGAUCAACGCCGAGCCAGAGAACUGCCCUUUCACGUGGGCGAGAUCGCCUGAGAACAUGCUUCGACAAGAGACCUAUCUGGCUCUUGCCAUUGUAUUCGUCCUGUUGAGACUGCUCCACUUGGUUUUCCCUACACUCGUCGUGUUCACGAAGUUCACUUGGAGACGGAUCGCUCAGAACAUGAGACUGGAGAGCCUGCAAGAACACACCGUCGGGUUUCUCAGCCGAGCUGUGCAGCUAUGCAUGCAUCUUAAAGAGCCUUGCAAGAGGAGCAAUCUUCAGGGAAGAGCCAUGAACGCUAGAGCAUGGGCCUCUAAGUCUUUGGCUACUGUCUCAAUUGGGGACUCGAGCUCAUCGAACAGAGGAAGUUCAGCUUCUCAGUGA